AUGUCUCAAAGGCCUGCCCCGGAGAAUUCUGCUCAUACGUCGGUUGGACCAUCCCGAAGUUCCAAGGUUGGCGAAGUGCGUCGCGCUUGGAAUGCCAGGAUGUGCGCAAGAGGCACAAAAUGUCGGUUUCCGCAUGGUAUUGAACUUGGCGACCACCAGGAGCAUCUUGAAGAUGUUGUUCCCCAACAAAUUGAAACAGAAGAAAAGUCAGCCAUGGAGGCUCGUGCAGCUGAGAUUGCCAGAUCUCAUGCAGCUGAGACCGAAGCUCGUGCAGCCGAGAUUGCCAGAGCUCGUGUAGCUGAGGCUAAAGCUUGUGCAGCCGAGAUUGCCAGAGUUCGUGCAGCUGAGACCAGCACUCGUGCAGCCGAGAUUGCCAAAGAAGCUGCUGCGAAGACGGUCCAGAACGCUGUGCUUGGGUCCAUUGUAACCUUCAGCGCAGGCCUUGAAUUAUCUCACCUAAUCACCGGAUUCGAGUGCUGCACCUUACGUAUUGAAAAUCUGCCUCCCAAUGUGCGGGAAGAUGAAAUCAGGCGCUUCCACCUCGUCAGCGUCAAGCCUAUGCCAGGUGGUGGCAGGCUUAGUGCUGAAAUCAUCACGGACGCUGAGUCUGGGAAAGCACUGUCGCUUGACCUCGGUGGCCUCGAGUUUAGGGACGGGAUUCUGACUCUCGAAGUAUCAGGCUACAACAGUCCCGGAAGAACUCAACCGCCAGAUGUGCUCUGGGUCCAGGUCAAAGUCGAGGUCAACACAAUGCCACCUGGUCACUUCGUACCAACAUUCCAUGACAACUCAAUCAAGAUUAGUUUCCUUUCCCCAACUAUCUCUGACGAAGAAGUUAAAACAUUUUCUGGCUCAGAUGGUGUCAGGCGGUUGACAGUGAGGGGUGGAGGUGGACUUUUCAGCGAAGAUGUCGCAUUGAUGGUACCGUUCAAGGUCCGUGCGCGGGUUUCUUCUUGGGAGGACGCGGACGUGGUGCAUACCCGUCUCAUUAACCAUCGCAUCGGGAACGUGUCCUUCUGGUUCCGGCUCCCGAAUCCCACACAGUACUCAAUCACUGUUUCUACUGAGCAAUUUCACGCACAAAAGCCUUUGUGGGAUGCCUUGAUCGGCGGCAUCAAAAACAAGCGUGCAUGCAUGGUGCAUAUUCACGAGCAGAGCGCCGUUGUCCGGAUGCGUUUGCCUGGCUCCAAGAAAGAGGCCAUUGGCGCACUCAAAACGGCAGAUUAUGGCGAGUCAAAAGCUGUUGAACAGGCUCGUGAGUUGAUCAAGGACAAGCUGGAGCAGCUCUCGUCCCUCGAGUAUACAAAGUACUCGCGAAGCAAGCUGAGGGAAACUUUUGGCAAAGACAACGUCAAAUUCGUCAUAUCUGCAUGGAGAAUUACAAUCUCUGGUGGUGAGGAAGCACGACACGCUCUCGAGCGCUUGAUCCAAGGCUCGCUCAGUGGUCCACAGACCAUCCCACACCCGUCAGGGCAGCAGUCUUGCCCGAUCUGCUAUGCCAAUGUAUCAUCAUCCCCACUUCUUCUUGGUCGUGGGCACGUCUACUGUUCUCCUUGCAUGCGUCAUUUCUUGACAUCUGCUUUGGAAUCUGGUCAGUUUCCGCACACGUGCAUGGGUGAUGAGACCCAUCCCAUUCCUAUUCCCACUAUCCAGCAAUUCCUCCCUCAAACUCCCUUCAACCGCUUGCUGGAAAUAGCAUUUCAUGUGUAUAUAUCUCGGCAUCACCAGCCUCAGGCCAGUCUGGCUGAGGCAGCUUCGCCUAGCUAG